AUGCGCGUCGGCGGCCCUAUAUGUGCUGCCUUGCUGCGAUCUGCUGACGCCGUUGACGCGCGGGAAUGCGCUGCACAUUCCGCCGACGAUGCACAUUCCGCCGACACUGCACAUUCCGCCGACGUUGCACAUUCCGCCGACGCUGCACAUUCCGCCGACGCUGCGCAUUCCGCCGACGCUGCGCAUUCCGCCGACGCUGCACAUUUCGCCGACGCUGCGCAUUCCGCCGACGCUGCACAUUCCGCCGACGCUGCGCAUUCCGCCGACGCUGCGCAUUCCGCCGACGCUGCACAUUCCGCCGACGCUGCGCAUUCCGCCGACGCUGCACAUUCCGCCGACGCUGCGCAUUCCGCCGACGCUGCGCAUUCCGCCGACGCUGCACAUUCCGCCGACUCUGCGCAUUCCACCGACGCUGCGCAUUCCGCCGACGCUGCACAUUCCGCCGACGGUGCGUAUUCCGCCGACGCUGCACAAUCCGCCGACACAGCAGAUUCCGCCGAUGCUGCAGGUUGCGAUGCUGGAGAGUCUAAAGCUGCAGGGUCCGACUCUGCACAUUCUGAUGCUGCACGUUGCGAUGCUGCGGAAUCCGACGUUGCAGCCACAGUUUCCGAUUCGGCACAAUCGGCCGCUUUAAGCGUCACUUGA